UAUAAAUAAUGUUCCUUAAAGACUUUAUUAUUGAUGAUAUUAACAAAUAAUAAUAAGUGAAUAAUGGGGAAGCAUAAAUUGAAGAUAAUUAUAAUUAGGUAAUUAGAUUAUAAUUAGAAAAGACAAAAAAAGGAGAAGUCAUAAUUCGAAACAGAGCUUAUACAAAAAAUUUAGGAACAAAUGAAGCUUAGUAUGAUAUUUAAGAAGUUGAUUUUAAUUCAGUAAAUUGCUAAAAUAUGGGUAGAUUCUAUUUGAUAAUCAAAAUGAAAACAAAGACUAAUAGCCCUUUUAAUUAAAGACAAUUAAUUCGACUAGUUCAAUAAAUUAACCAGAAAUAGUAGAUUUUGAAAAAUGUAGAUCAUCAAUAGAGGAAAGUUGUUAAGAAAGAGAUUAGUAGCAAUAAUAAAAGAAUUAAAAAGUAUAAGAAAAAGAGAUUUUAAACUAAAAAACAUUGAGUGAAUGUGAAGAGUUGGUGUAAAAUAUAGAAUUUACAUAAAAAGUAGAGGAAUAAAAUUUUGAAGUGUUAAAUUUUUCAGAAAUAGAAAAUCCAGAUUAAAACAAAGUGAUAGUAUUUAAGCCAUAUUCAGAAAUAAUAAGAAGUUUGGAUGAAACUGAGUAUUUGAGUGAAUUUCUAAUAACUCCUUUGAAAUAAUCUGGAAUGUUUUAAUGUGUAAUAAGUAGGGAAAGUUCUGGUUUAAAUAGUUUCAAACCAAAAUAUAAAUUGUAUUGGUAGGAGAAAAAAUAAUUUUUAAUAUCUGCAAGAAAAUCAUUAAAUAAAAAUAAAUAUAAGUUAUCAUAAGAUCCAGAUUUUUCAUAAAAAUUUGAUGCUGCUUUAAUAGGUAGAGUUGAAUAAAGUAAAUAAUCAAAAGCAGAUUAUUUUUUAUUUGAUAAUGGUAAAGAAAAAAUAAAAGAAGAAAGUUAAAUAAUAAAUUAAAAAUAAAGAAAAUAAUUGGGAGGAGUCUUUUUUUAGGUAAAUUAAAGCGGUCUAAAAUAACCUAGAAAAUUGAUGGUAUUAUUGAAAUAGAAUGGAAAUGAAAAUGAUAUAAAAACAUUUGAAAAUAGAUAGGCAAUUUUAAAGAAAUAAUUUAAUUGUAUUGAAAUAAAUAAAAAUAGAAAUUAUUUAUACUCUUGAUUUUUAUGGGAGAGUUAAAUAAGCAUCAGUGAAAAAUACAUAAUUAGUAAUGAAAAAUGAGAUAAAAGAUUUAAUUUAUUUUUAAUUAGGAAAAGUUAAUGAUUAAUAUUUUAAUUUAGAUUUCAUGAGUCCUUUUAGUCCUCUAUAGGCAUUUUAAGUUGCAUUGACAAUCUUCGAUUAUAAAUAAAAAUGA